CACAUCUGGUGACAUCAUUCACGUGAUGAAUUUCACUCUAGAUGCCGAAACAGCUGAACUGCGCUAUACCGUGCAGGUGAUCGCCACUGUGACCUUCAGCUUAAUCUUUCUACUGGGCAUGAUGGGAAAUGGCACUGUGAUCUGGAUAACUGGAUGUCGGCUACAAAGAACUAUCAACACCGUCUGGUUUUUCAACCUGGCCUUGGCUGAUUUCAUCUCAACUUUUUUGGUCCUGGUCACUGUCCUUUAUUUAUUACUGGACCUACAUUGGCCCUUUGGGCAAAUAUUUUGCAAGCUUGUCAACUGCCUCUUUGGCCUUAGCAUCUAUGCCAGCAUCCUGCUCCUGAGUGCCAUCAGCAUUGAUCGAUGUGUUCUUGUUCUUUUCCCUGUCUGGUGUCAAAAUUACCGCAAUCCAAGACUGGUGAUGACAACAUGUGUUGUGAUUUGGAUAGUCUCCGUUGCCUUGGUUCCUGGAUCUUACACCCUUUCGGAAAUGUCUACAGAAAGUAACCGUAGCUCUUGCAAAAACUUGGAUGUUUUUGAGGACUGGGAAAAAAGAGAGGCUGCUAUAUUCACCGUUUGUAUCUUUCUAUACCAGUUUUUGGUGCCGUUGUGUGUUAUUCUUAUUUCGUACGCAAUUCUUUUAAUAACGCUACGCAGGAAAAAGCUUAAUCGUUCCAGCAAGCCCUUUUUGGUUGUCACUGGGGUGGUCUUCUCGUUUUUUCUAUGUUGGCUUCCUUAUCAUGCCUUAGCAUUGGCCCGAGUGUUUUUAGGUGGUCUACCAUUGCUGGUCAGCCUGGUGGCUGUACCAUUGUCCAAAUGUUUAGCUAUGUUCAAUAGCUGUAUCAACCCUAUACUCUAUGUUUUCAUUGGUCGGGAAUUCAAGGACAUGGUAAAGAAGUCAAUUACACAAGUUUUUAAAACAGUGUUCGAGGAAAUACCACACUAAUGAGAAUGGAGGUGGUUUCUUCAUGGACAGAACUGGAAUUGGAAGUUAACCUUUACACGUGGGAUAUUCCAACCACAAAACAAAGAUGUAUGGUAUGGAACCGUAAUGCACUGGAGGCAAUUCUUUUGACAACACAAAGGUCAAGAGCAUCUGCUGUUCUGGAAAAGUGGUAGCGAAAAAUUGUUCAACAAACCAACCUCGGUGGUGGAUAGAGCUUGUGCUAUGUUCAACACAAGAUGAACAGACUCAAUACAACUGGAGAAUGUCAAAACAAUACAUACAAUGUUACUUUUUUUCAAGUUUGAGUAAAUCUUUGAAGUUUCAAAAUGUUUACAGGUGAUUUCUAGGCAUCAUUUAACUUUCUUCUGAAGCCGCCCUUCCCCAUCUAAUGCAAGUCCCAGCAUUACUAGUUUCUUGAAUCUACUUCUAUUAGCAAGAAGAAUUUUUUUAUUACUCCCUGUGAUGUCAUUAUUACUCCCUGUGAUGUCAUCACUAGGCAUGUUAAAUGCUUGUAGGGGCAGCUGCUUGGAGGAGGGAUUAGCAGGUUGCCCUACAUCAGUUUCUAUUCACUUAGGUGCACCAUCCCCUGAGGACUCCCAAGAAAACAUUUCCCUACGGACAGAAUGUGCCAGAUCCACGUAGCGCGGCGCUUCUUUACGUCCGGCGUAGUGUAUCUCAGAUACACUACG